CAUGAAUUAUUCUCACUAGGCAGACCAGAAAGGCGAAAUUACGCUUUCAGUCUAGGAGGAAGACCCUCGCGCCCAGCUUUUCUACUCACAUGUCGGCCAAAGCAGACAGCAUAUGGCAACGUUGAGGCUCGAUGUCAGCGGGCGACUCGACGAGGAGGCGCCCUCUCGUGAACACAAGCACCAUAACCGGAAUGUGGACGAGGCAGAGCGCGAGUGUGUGUUCACGCUUGAGCCGGAGCCCUCGAGCUCGCCGGGCCACAUCUACACGGACUUGAGCUGCUUUCGGGACCUCACAACACUACACCAGGGCAGGCACUCGACUGUAUGGUCGGCUGUCUGCAAGCGCACCGGGCGCACCUGCGUGAUAAAGGGAUACAACCGCGACUCGCUCAAGCCGCGGCAGCUUAACAAUGUUCGGAGGGAAAUUGGACUGCUCAGAUUCUUCCGCGACACAGGGACUAAGGGCGUUGUGGCCCUGCUGGCGGCUUUCGAGGACAAAACCAUGAUAUACCUGGUGUUUGAGGCGUGCAUGCGCGGAGACCUCUACCAGCUGCUGAUGCGCAACCGCGGGACCCUGCACGAGGAGUUUGUGGUCACCAAGAUUGUGUUCCCGCUGCUGUGCGUGCUACAGCAACUGCACAAGCUGCACAUCGUGCACCGGGACAUAAAACCCGAAAACAUCUUCAUCACAGAGGACGGGGAGAUUGCUCUGGGUGACUUUGGGCUGGCGGGGCACAAGUUCCAGGACCGCAUGACGGAGCGCGUGGGCACGCUGGACUACAUGGCGCCCGAGGUGCUCAGCAUCCCGGCAAACGAGGACGCGGACACGCAGAGCGCGCCGUCGCCCAGCGACGGCGCGAAGACUUAUGACGAGAAGGUGGACAUCUGGGCUACGGGCGUGCUGGUGUACGAACUGCUGGUGGGGCGGCCGCCGUUCGAGGUGGACGACCCGCAGGAGACCGCUCGCCUGAUCAUGAGCGGCUCAGCGUCGGGGUACCCGGUGCACAUAUCGCAGUACGCGCGCGACUUCGUGGCGCAGGCGCUCACGAAGCUGCCCGGUGCGCGGCCGACAGCGGAGGACCUGUUGCAGCACAGUUGGCUGCGGCAUUACUUCGGGGGAAAGGUGCCAGACACAGCAGCACAGUGCGGCAGCACGGUCACGGCGGGGCUACUGAAGUCGUGGCUAGUGGCGAGCUGGUCCGACAUUUCGAAGGCGGGCACGGCGCUGAAGCCCAACAGCGUGGUGCCCAACCGGCUGUUCCUCUCACCUGCCAGCUCGCCGCGGAAAGCCCUCAGCACUGGCGACGGCCCCAACUCUGUCGGGCACCUGGAUCACGACGUCAAGCCGGCCCCUCACUACAAGCGGAAGUCGGUGCCGGGCUGCAGCGAUGCCGGCUGUGAGUCGCCGCACGAUCGGGAGCUGCGGAAGCAAUACGGGUCAGCCGAUGCUGAGGGCUCAGUGGGGCCUUCGGGAGCGGACGCGGACGCGAACGAUGCGCCGCACCCUGCCCGCUCAGGCUCCAGCUCGUUGGACCGGCAAUUGCAGAUGAGCCUGGAGUCCAGCGAGCCGGGCCUAGAGGCGGGCGGCAGCGACCCAAGCACCGCGCCGAACCGGCUCACGGCUUCACAGUACCCUAGCCGGGACUCCUCAGCGGGCUCCAUGGACCAGGCUGUGCCGCAGGAACGCACCUACGUCCGCAACGACAGCGGCGCCAGCGCCAGUAGCAGCAUAUCCGUGGCGUCCUUCGCCAGCCUGCAACACGUGCCGCGCACCGGCAGCGUCAACGAGCUGGCGGAGAGCGAGGACCUGGGCUUGGUGCAGCGCAGCGCUAGCGUGUGUGCUGCCAACAUGGGCCGGCCGCCGGCGGGCUUCCCUGCGGGUAACACCUCUCUAAAGCCGGUGUGGCAGGCGCAGCAGACCAGUACGACCGUGGGCGCCAACCGAAAGACGCCCGGCAAAAGCCGCUUCGCGGCUUGAGCGCUCCCCCUGUGCCACAGUGCUCGCGAUGAUACACCACCUUCGGGCGGGCUGAAGGUAACAGGUGCGAGGCCCAGUUCGGCCAGCGUAGGCAGGCCGGCUUGGAGGGCUCAGGUGUUUAGUCUGUAGGUCGUUGGGGACGGUUGAGGCGGUGUGUUCGUGCGCACGCCGGCCGCUACUUUUAUGCCGUGUAUAAUGCGUGCUGACUGUCCCUAAAACGUGAUGCAUGUGUCCUUGUUUCAUCUGUUCCGUUCGUGUAGUUGACGUGUGCUGGGCAGGCUGGUCGCCAGAUGGGGGCCAACUGGGUUGGUCAGGCGGGUGCCUGGCAUAUGGCGGGCAGCGCGUACAUAUCCCGCCUGGUGAUGUCCGCCGGCGCUGCAGCUGCGCGUGUGUGACUGGUGGUGCGUGUGAAUUUGCUCUUGUCGAAAGCUCUCUUUGCGCGUUCCGCACUGGGGACCGCAAAACAGGUGAGAACGUGUCCGUGUACAACCACGUGGGGCACGAUAUGUGAGGAAGGUGCAGUACGGGACUUGGGGCGGGCUUCUUUUCACUUAGCGCUUGUUCGGGGCAGCCGAGUGAUCCGACCACAGUAAAGAUUUUGUGCGAACGGGAUAUUUGACGCGGUACGAAGGCUGGGCAUGGUCGCACCAAGUUGACUGGCAGUCGCUUGUCGGGUAUGGUUGGCAUGCAAAAAUUAGGACUGGGAUAGAGCUGACAAUGACUGCCGCGGACAGACGGGGGAUUCUAGCAGGUGAGCAAUUAGAUUAUGCCGUUUACGGGUUUGCAAGGGUAUGCAUGCGACCAGAUAGUGUGGAUUACACGCGGGAGAAUGGUCUGUUGCGUCGCAUGCAUCGUGAUCCAAGGGUUGUGCGGUGAUUCUGGUGAUGCUGACGAUCGCACGACAAGCAGCACGGUAAGUAUGACGAAUUCCGCGUACGAUAAGGUUGUGAUGCUAAAUGACUGAGGCAGCAGGAGGGCGAGGAAGGCCAAGAUGGAGGGGAUUUCUGGUUGCAACGAGUCAAGUCAUGUGCGUGUUGUCAGCGUGUGGCGUAGUGUGCAGCGUAAAUGGAUUGUGUUCAGUUAAUGAGUGCCUCCCGUGCACACGGAUACGGAUGUUUGUUCGUGCGUUUCAUGCAAAGGUACCGAUUUACCCCCUGCGGCGAGUAGGUGCGCGAGCUGACCUCAGGUGCGGGCGGAGGACGUCUCCAAAGACGCACCUGGCACGUAGUUGCGUCCAGUGACACCUCUGCUCUGUUCGUGGCAUCAACGACACAAAUGUUUUUUACGUCAUACAAGCGGGGGCCGCAUACUUCACGCGUCGAGACUUUUACCGCGCUUGCUGCUGUACCGACAUGGUGUGCACGGGUACCUUCAUUUAUUUCACUAGACCAAAAGUAGUUGGCAUGUACAUAUGGCGUACGGAACCGUGCGGUACAUACGGACUGAGGACAUGACUUGUGAAGCAACGUUACACGCACGGGCGCAUUUCUUGAUGGCACGUCCAUGCGUGUUUGACAUGACUCGGGUGUUUGCGUCAUUGCUUUAUUGAUUAGAGGACACGAGCGCGCGGAACGAGUGCAUCAGGAUUGGAGGAUGGGAAUACAUCCCCAGGAGAGACUGUAAUGAUAUUCACGU